CGGUGGAGGCCGCUCGCAUCCCAUCAGUCUCUGCGGGCGGUGGGACGCGGUGCUGGGUUGAGCAUGUCGGAGAAGAAGCAGCCGGUUGACCUGGGGCUCCUGGAGGAGGACGACGAGUUUGAGGAGUUCCCGGCCGAAGACUGGACCGGUUUAGAUGAAGAUGAAGAUGCGCAUGUCUGGGAAGACAACUGGGAUGAUGACAAUGUAGAAGAUGAUUUCUCCAAUCAGCUAAGAGCUGAGUUAGAAAAACAUGGGUACAAGAUGGAAAUCUCAUAGUUUUUGCUGAACAUGGAGUGGUUUAACAUUGAACUGUGGAUAGACUACAUGGAGAAAAGAAGAAAAGGUGGAGAAUGAGAAGACACAAUUCAUUAUCUGCUUGGAUUUAUUAUUGUUUUAUAUAAAAAUAAAGUUUUUAAUCUUA